AUGAUGCGAAUCGAAGAUAGUCUUUUAAAAUCAUAUCUAACCAUGUAUAAAUUUCCUGAAAAUACAAAAAAAGAAAUUAUAAAAACGUUAAAUUAUUAUCACGGACUCGUUUGUAAUUUUGAGACAUUUUUGUUUUCAAAUAGAAUUGAAAAGAAAUUAGUUAAUUUGAGUGGUACUAUUCCCGUUACAUUUAAAGGCACUACUUAUCACAUUCCAAUUAGUAUCUGGUUAAUGGAUACACAUCCAAAUAAUGCACCAAUUUGUUAUGUGAAACCUACAUUGGAUAUGCGAAUUAAAAUGUCGAUGUAUGUUGAUCAUAAUGGUAAAAUCUAUUUGCCAUAUUUACAUAAUUGGACUCCGACUACUUCCAAUCUACUUGAUUUAAUUGGAGUAAUGAUAGCAACUUUUUCAGAAACACCACCUGUAUAUUCAGUUGUUAGAUCUGAACCACCUGUAAACUCUGUUACUUAUCCUACUCAAAUGCCUUAUGGUGGCACUGGUUCAAAUGUGAUGUUGCCAUAUUCGUCAAUACCAUCAUCUACUUCUACUUCUAAUCCUUCCACAACAUACCACGGAAAUUCUAAUACUCCUUACCCUUUGUAUAGCAAUCAGUUUCCGACACCUUCCCCUUAUCCACCAGGUUCAGCAAAUACAUCAAAUUUUCUACCUUAUACUCCACCAUAUACAGCUCAAAAUUCUUCACAAAACUGUCCAUAUCCACAGCAACCUGCACCAGCUAGACCAGAAUAUCCUCCUUACCCACCAACUUCUAGUAAUGUGCCAAAUACUUCUACCACAGGGUUAAAUGAUGGCGGUACAAUUACUGAAGAACAUAUCAAAGCUUCUUUAUUAUCUGCUAUUGAAGAUAAAGUACGAAGGCGUUUUAAUGAACAAAUGGCCCAGAAUAAAGCCGAAUUAGAUAUAUUACAACAUUCUCAACGAGAAUUAUCACUUGGUAAAAAUAAAUUAGACUCUAUUUUGACAAGUCUCAAUAAAGAAAAGUCUGAACUAGAACAAAACAUUCAAGUAUUGCGUGAUAAAGAAUUAGAACUUGAAAUGGCUAUUUCCAAGUUAUCUAAAGAAGAUAAUAUUGAUAUUGACGAUGCUGUCACUACAACGGCACCUCUUUAUAAACAAAUAUUGAAUGCAUUUGCUGAAGAAGCUGCGACUGAAGAUGCAAUUUAUUAUAUGGGAGAAGCAUUAAGAAGAGGUGUAAUUGAUCUUGAUGUAUUUUUGAAGCAAGUACGUUCCCUCUCUCGUAAACAGUUUAUGUUGCGAGCUUUGAUGCAACGAUGCAGGCAUAAGGCUGGUUUAGUGGCUUAAUUCAAAGUUAAUUAACUAACAAAAUAGAGAUAAAAUUUACAAAAUAAGAUAUUUAAUAUUCAUAGUUAAAUAAAAUGAGGUAAAACAAAAUUUUUUGCAGUAUAUGUAUGUCUGUUGCAAGUGUUGCAACUAUUAAAAUAGAGAUUAAUAAUAUGCUAAAUUUUGUUAGUUUUAUUUAUAAUUUUAUCGACCAAAUCAUUUUAAUUUUUA